UAGCGGCAGGUUGCGUUGUAUCGUUGCUCGAGUCGAGUUGUAGCGUCGUCAGCGUCCUGUCGCGCACAUAUACUAUAUUAUACUAUACGUUUACGUGCGUUUCUGGCGUCUCGUUUCUGGUGCUCGCUCGCCCCUUAGCUCCGUUUCUUUCUAUUUCCUCAUCGCGAGCGAUUACACUCCAACGAGUGCCAUACACGGCGCAUCGUACGGCGAUGUCGUCCUCGGCGAAGUACACGUCGGACGAGCAGCUGAGCGAAUCCUGGGUGGAGUUGGUGCCGGACCCGCCGCUGGCGACCCGGACAACGCCGACGCCGUUUAGCAUUACCGGCGAACGUGAAUACCUGCGACUUCUCAGAGAAGCACAGAGAGAUUCUACACAUUCAUCCGCGAAGCAUUCCCUGGCGUCUUCGCGCCGGGACACUCCGAGGGACAGCCCGAAGAGCCCGCCGAACAGCCCGAACACAGAACUCUCAACCGAAGAUGAGCUCAAAGGAGUCUACAUAAAUUACGGCUGCAAUAAGGAGGGCGAGCUUCUUGAGAAGAAUACAGACUGGAUUUACGAAUGGAGCUCUCGACCGGACCAGGCGCCUCCAAAAGACUGGAAGUUCAAACAUCCUUUGGGUAAUAAGAGGAAAACAUAUAGCAUCCGUACCGCGAAAGUUGGCAAGAACGGAUUGUUUUCCAAAGAGGUCAUUUAUACUUUAUUCUUCACAAAUCUUCUGUCUCUGCUCAUUGGAACCGGUCUAGGCGUUUUGCUCACCAGGCGAGGCUUGAUGAUGUCCCGUGUCGCUAUUGAAUGAAGGACACGAUUCCGGGUGUGUCAGCAUCAGGAUUGUCACGGUUGAAUCUACGCUGAGAGAAAGGCUAGAGACGCAAGAAAGACUGAACAAGCCGGUGGGCGAUCGAGCCUAAAAAAACAGUUACACGCAGCACAUUAUUUGAUUGUCCCGAUUUAUAAUAUUAGCACUUUGUUUAUA